GAAUCUUUGAAAAAACUACCUUGGAAAUGGACCCAUAAGAAAACAUCGUAUAAAGUGAAUUCCCCUCUAACUAUUGGUGUGGACGUUGUUUCUAGUUACAAAGUCAGCGCAAAAGCAGUUGGUGUUGAAGGAAUCUUUAAUACAAGUCACUUCAUACCGCAUGAUUGUGAUUAUAUUAAGAGUUUCACUGUGUGAAAGGGUCAUGACGCAGUAUACACUAUUUACCCCGACGGCAAGACAAAGAAGAGAGUAUUCUGUGACAUGACGACAGAAGGAGGGGGUUGGACGGUUAUUCAGCGACGAAUACAUACGGGAACUACAAAUUUUUACAGAAGAUGGAAAGACUAUAAGACAGGCUUUGGCCAAGCAGGAUCGGAUUAUUGGUUAGGCAACGAUGCAAUUCACUCUCUGUCCUCCCCUUCAACACAAGAACUGUUGGUAGAACUAGAAGACUUUUCCGGAGCUAAAGCAUUUGCCAGAUACUCCAAGUUUGCCAUUGAUGAUGAGAAAAACAAGUACAAAUUGUCAAUCAGCGGAUAUAGUGGAAAUGCAGGUGAUGGAUUAAAAUAUCAUAACGGACAGUUCUUUGCUACAAAGGACAGACCUGGCUCUACAAAUUGCCCUAUCACUUACCAAGGUGCCUGGUGGUAUUAUAGUAACUGCUAUAAGUCAAAUCUCAACGGUCCUUACCACAAGGCAGCCUCCAACACAUACAAAGCAAUUGUGUGGAUUCCAUGGAAAGACAAAACAGCCUUGAAAUCAACACGGAUGAUGAUUCGUCCAAAGAAAUAACUAAUUUACUACCUUUCGAGAAAAUGUCUAAGCAAAUCCUAAAUUCAUUUUCCUGUAAAGGUUCUUAUUUAUUCUAAUAAAUUCAAUAAAUUCUUCUUAAAGCAUUAUUUUGAAUUUAC